AGCGUUCUCCCCCUCAGUGGCUUCUGCGCUGCUCCUUCCUUUCCCUAGGGCGCUGGGGGGUAGAAAGAGAGACUCAGCACCUGGCUCGGCCCCCUUUCCGCGCCGCCCCGCGGGAGGGGAGGACGUGCUACGCGCCAACUCCCCCGCCCUGCCAUCACAGGGACACAGACAACUCCUCUAGUGCCUUCCCCAGCCGCUCCCCCCGCGCUCAGGGAGAGACACCCCCCGUAACCCUAGGCUCCCUCCCCACACUUAGUGCACCGUGAGGCGUGUCUCUGCGCCCCCAGGCUCCCCUCGCCUGCUGGGGUGUGAAGACCACCAGCCCCCAAGACUCUUGCAGCUUCCCCCCCUUCCCCUUGCAUGGCACGUGUGUGAACGGACCCCCCACCCCCAGAGGCCGGGGAGGUGCCUGCUCCAGGAGUGAGAAGGCUGCAGCUCAUCACGCUGCACAAGUGGAGUGGGAAAUUUCCUCCUGCUUCUGUGUAGGCAAGAAGCUCCCACCUGCCUCUCACCGCUCCAGGGGCGAGUGUCCCUCCGCCCCACAGCACCGCCCGCUGGCUCACGGGGGUGAGACUCUCACCCAGGUUCCCGGACAGUUAGGGAGGAAAUGGACUCAGUUCGGUUCCCUUCUCUGCUCGCUGGGGGAAGGAGGAGAGACACCGCCCCAUGAACGGGAGAGGUGGUUUGCUAUCUCCUUUAGCUGCCCCCCGAGAAGGAGAGGAGAGAGUGAGUGCACCCCAUUUCUUCCUCACUGUCGUCUCCCUGGGAAGAGGAAAAGAGACUCCCCUCUUCAAUGGGAUCUUCAUCAGUUUUUGCUUACUUGAAGAAUACAGUGAAACUGUUUGCCAGCAUUAUUAUCUGGAAUUAUAGGUUUAAUAUCCAACAUCAGUGUUACUAAUUUCUUAUUAAAUAGUACCUCACAGUAGUAGAAAAAUGUAUGGAAGUGCAAGAACAAUCAGUAAUUUGGAAGGCAGUCCUUCCAGGUCUCCUCGUUUGCCAAGAUCUCCUCGUCUGGGCCACAGGAGAACAAGCAGCGGGGGAGGUGGAGGAACAGGUAAGACACUAUCAAUGGAGAACAUACAGUCCCUUAAUGCAGCCUAUGCAACAUCUGGACCGAUGUAUCUUAGUGACCAUGAAGGUGUAGCAUCUACUACUUUCCCAAAGGGCACAAUGACUCUUGGAAGGGCUACAAAUCGAGCUGUGUAUGGUGGUCGAGUCACAGCUAUGGGGAGUAGUCCAAAUAUUGCUUCAGCUGGACUUUCUCACACAGAUGUCCUUUCUUAUACUGAUCAGCAUGGAGGUCUGACCACAUCUUCACAUCAUCAUCAUCAUCAAGUUCCCUCUAUGCUGAGACAGGUAAGGGAUAGUACCAUGCUAGAUCUACAGGUUCAGCUCAAGGAACUACAAAGAGAGAAUGAUCUUCUGAGAAAAGAACUGGAUAUCAAGGACAGUAAGCUGGGAUCUUCCAUGAAUAGCAUCAAGACUUUCUGGAGUCCUGAGCUAAAAAAGGAAAGAGUCUUGAGGAAAGAAGAAGCUGCCAGAAUGUCAGUUCUUAAAGAGCAGAUGAGAGUUUCUCAUGAAGAAAACCAGCAUUUGCAACUGACCAUCCAGGCACUUCAAGAUGAGCUUCGAACUCAGAGAGACCUUAAUCAUCUUCUUCAACAAGAAAGUGGAAACCGAGGAACUGAGCAUUUUACUAUUGAGCUUACAGAGGAGAAUUUUCGAAGACUUCAGGCAGAACAUGAUAGACAGGCUAAAGAGCUCUUUCUCUUGAGAAAAACUCUAGAAGAAAUGGAGUUGAGAAUUGAAACACAAAAGCAAACACUAAAUGCCAGAGAUGAAUCAAUAAAAAAGCUUCUAGAAAUGUUGCAAAGUAAAGGUUUGCCAUCCAAAGGAAUGGAAGAUGACAACGAAAGAGCUCGAAGGAUGGCCGAGGCUGAAUCUCAGGUUAAUCAUUUAGAAGUGAUUUUAGACCAGAAGGAGAAGGAAAACAUACAUCUUAGAGAGGAACUACACAGAAGAACCCAACUUCAGCCUGAACCAGCAAAGACAAAAGCUCUUCAGACAGUUAUAGAGAUGAAGAAACAACCAUCUUUAUAUAUUGAUCCAGCUUUGAUAUUUCAGGACACAAAAAUAGCUUCACUUGAACGCAAUAUAAGGGAUCUCGAAGAUGAAAUACAGAUGUUAAAGACAAACGGAGUUCUGAAUAUAGAGGACCGAGAAGAAGAGAUCAAACAAAUAGAAGUUUACAAGAGUCACUCAAAGUUCAUGAAAAAUAAGAUUGACCAAUUGAAACAGGAACUUUCAAAGAAAGAAUCAGAACUUCUCGCCUUACAAACUAAGCUUGAAACCCUUAGCAAUCAGAAUUCGGAUUGCAAGCAACACAUUGAAGUGCUUAAAGAGUCGCUUACUGCCAAAGAACAGAGAGCUGCCAUACUUCAGACAGAGGUUGAUGCCUUGAGAUUACGACUGGAAGAAAAAGAAACUUUUCUUAAUAAAAAAACAAAACAACUGCAAGACCUCACAGAAGAGAAGGGAACCUUGGCUGGAGAGAUUCGAGAUAUGAAAGACAUGUUAGAAGUAAAGGAAAGAAAAAUCAAUGUCCUUCAGAAAAAGAUUGAAAAUCUACAGGAGCAACUUAGGGACAAAGAUAAACAGCUAAGCAAUUUAAAAGACAGAGUGAAAUCAUUGCAGACGGAUUCCAGUAACACGGACACAGCUCUAGCAACAUUAGAAGAAGCUCUGUCAGAGAAGGAGAGAAUAAUAGAGCGCUUGAAGGAGCAGAGGGAACGGGAUGACCGAGAAAGACUGGAAGAAAUAGAAUCCUUUAAAAAGGAAAACAAAGACUUGAAGGAGAAAGUUAAUGCUUUACAAGCUGAACUAACAGAGAAGGAGUCUAAUUUAAUUGACCUCAAAGAACAUGCAUCAUCAUUGGCAUCAACAGGGCUGAAAAGAGACUCCAAAUUAAAGUCUUUAGAAAUAGCCAUAGAACAAAAGAAAGAAGAAUGUAGUAAGUUGGAAGCACAGCUGAAAAAGGCUCAUGAAGCUGAAGAAGAAGCUCGGCUGAACCCAGAAUUUGCAGACAGAAUGAAACAGCUUGACAAAGAGGCAUCUUACUACAGAGAAGAAUGUGGCAAAGCUCAAGCUGAGGUUGACAGACUUCUAGAAAUCCUCAAGGAAGUUGAGAAUGAGAAGAAUGACAAAGAUAAGAAAAUUGCUGAGCUAGAAAGACAUAUGAAAGAUCAAAACAAGAAAGUGGCCAAUCUGAAGCACAAUCAACAAAUGGAAAAAAAGAAGAAUGCUCAGUUGCUGGAAGAAGUUCGUAGGCGAGAAGACAAUAUGACAGACAACUCUCAGCACUUGCAGUUAGAAGAACUGAUGAAUGCACUGGAAAAGACCAGACAAGAAUUGGAUGCUACCAAAGCCCGUCUUGCCUCAACACAGCAGUCUCUGGCUGAGAAAGAAGCACAUCUGGCUAACCUCAGAAUAGAGCGGAGAAAACAGCUUGAAGAAAUAUUAGAAAUGAAGCAGGAAGCACUGCUUGCUGCAAUCAGUGAAAAAGAUGCAAACAUUGCCUUGCUUGAACUGUCUGCUUCAAAGAAGAAGAAGACUCAAGAGGAAGUAAUGGCUCUUAAACGAGAGAAAGACAGAUUAGUGCAUCAGUUAAAACAGCAGGUCUAUAGAAAUAGGAAACAGCCCCUGAGCAUGAACAUAUCAUCCAUUUGUGAUGCUGACUUCAUCACAGACAUUGCUGCCAAGUACCUGGGUUCCAGCCAUGAUGCACAUAUGUCUCAGACACAGAACAGAAUGAAACUGAUGGCAGACAACUAUGAUGAUGACCAUCACCACUUCCACCACCACCACCACCACCACCAUCACCGGUCUCCUGGGAGGACCCAGCACUCAAAUCACCGACCCUCUCCAGAUCAGAUGAUCCAGUCACUGUUGGAGGCACAUAGCCAUGGCAAAUCUCACGCUGUACAUUGAUCACCUGUCCAACCUUUGCCUAGAGUGUGAUCCCCAGUUCCUUCAAGAGUUCCAUCUUUACCUGUCUAUAAAGAGGAGGAGGAGGAGAGAGACAUCUGGGAUAACCACACAUCAAAGAUUAACACCAGAGCAGUUGAGCCCAGACCUGCAGAUGCUUAAUCACACAUGUAGUCCUGACUUAUGGAAGUAGCUUACUGACUUACGUGUGUGCACUCAUACUCUUCUCACCACCUCAAAGAAAAGACCAAGAAUGGCUAUGAGGAGAACAGGAUGACAGGCUAAAUGAAAUCUGGAACUGAAUUUUGAUGAACACCACUGCUGCAGUUGUCAGAGGAGCUGGAGAAAGAGGAGGGAAAAAUGCAGCACUGCAGAAUUAAGCUGAUAAUCUAUUGCAGUGGAUCUCCAAACAUAACCAUGACAUCCUGGAGCAGAUCAUAGAAACAGAAGAUGAAUGCUGAGGUUGUUACCAGAUGAAAUGCUGCAUAAAUUGGUGUCUACUCCAUUAUUUCUUGUAGUCAUUAUGAAGUCAGAUACUCUGGAAAAUAAUGAAGGGGACUCAAUCAGAAAUUACAAGAACUUCAUUUCCACCUUUAAUGGGUCUUGUGUUCAGAAUAUUAUUAUUUAAUGAAGUUCAGUUAAAUGGAUUCUUUUAACCAAUUUUGAUAAAUUGGUAUUGAUUUUUAAUGUGUAAUUCAGGUUCUAUUAGGUGCAGUAUCUUCAUCUGCUGAUUCUGCCUAGCGUAUUCUACAGUAACACUUCUAAAGUGGACUAGAUUGUCAAAGAGGUAUUAGUACACUUAUAUAAUGGAGUCUGCAUUAAUCUUACCCCCAGUUAGAAGUGGGCUUUUCAGAAAAGUAAAAACUAAGCCUUUACCCUCCUCUGUUUUCUUAUAUCUACUGUUACUCAAAUAAUCAUAUUUUGAUAGCGUAACGAGUAUUAAGCUCUGGGCCAGGUUGGAAAUGAAAUCAAUUUUUGGUACUACUUGCUGUUGGCAAGGAUUAGCCUUAUGAAAAUAUGGUGUGUGUCUCUGACAAUGCAUGGGACAUCUAAAUUGAUCAUCAAUAAUUUACAUACCAAAUUUAUAUAUUAGUGGAUGGUAAAAGCUUGAGGUAUGUAUAUGUACAUAUGUGUAUACAUGCACACGUAUACAGGAGUGGAUCAACCUUUUAUCAUCCAAAUGCAUACAGGUAUGUAUUAAUAAAAGCUGGGACUCAUAAAUAUAUCAAGAUAAGAAUGCUGUGAAUACAGUAUAUGCAUUAGGCCUCCUAUAAAUGAUGGACCAUUUUGUCGUUGUUUUCUGUAGUGAACAAACAGCCUCCAUCAUGGAUCCCAAUGAAUUUUCGAUGUUAAACAAGAAAAUAUUAAUGAAUGAGGAGAAAAUAAAAGCUGUCUGUGUCAACAACGAAUUUCAAAUAAAGAUGAAUAAUUUAAAGCACAUGCCAGGAAAAAAGAAAAAAUCUGAAGUCAUUCUAAUGUAGUGAUGAGACACAAAUGAGAGUUAAAUCUCUACCACUUCCUCAGAGAGAGGAUCCUUACAACUUCAUAACCAUUUUCAGCCAGUCUGGCAAACAUGUGCAAAUGUUCAGCUGUUUUACUGAUGCAUCUCUCUUUUUGUCAGUGGAAGAAGUACUUCUAUACUGACGUGAGUGGCAAUUGAAUAUUUGCAUUAUUAAAGGACAAACAAUGAAUUUAAGCAUGGGUGGCCUUAAUUCUUAGUGGUUUUUCUUUGCUGCUGUAAAAAAAAAAGUAUUCUAAAGUGGUUAUUCCGAAAGUCUUGCACUGAAUUUAGAAAAAUAUUAUUUUUUGAAAUCAUUGGUGCAAUUAUCCCUAAAGUAACAUCCUAUGUGAGCCAUACCUAUAUUAACCCCUUUAAAAUGAUUGCUGUGUAGAAAACAGUAUUUUAUUGUACCAUCAUUUUUGGUGCAAAUAAAGAGCAACUAAGUCAAGCAGGAGUCCUUCUUGAUGUUUCAUCUCAGUAAAUAGAAUAAAAUGUAUAGAAUUAGAAUAGCAUACGUGAUCCAAAUUCAUUCAUGUUUAAAAAGUUUGUCCUUUAACUAUCAAUGGAAUUUUAGAUCUUUGUUUUCAAAACAGCAAAGCUCUUGGGAGUUUAUUUAGCACAUAUGACAAAUGUUGCACUUGCAAACUCAGACAACAGAACUUGUUUCUUGUGGUGAACUUGUUGUCAUAGUAAGGGACAACUGUCUGUGUCUCUUACAAUCAGGUCUUUACCUUAACUCUGCAACUGAAUACUUGAAGUAGGAAAUAAACUAGGUGAAAAUAGGGUCAUAAAAACAAAACUGUAUAGUUAGAUAUUUAUAUGUAUGUGCCAAUUUUGUCACAGACAUUAUUUUAGGAGCACUUUUUGCUCCAUUCAUAUUGUAAGAGUAUUAAUCUAAACUUUUAUCAGGGCUAUGAGUUAGCCCCUAAAGAAAAAAAAUUGUCUAACAUUUCGUUUUUUUCAUUUCAUGUGAUAGCUAUGAUGUUUGGAGAAAAAUCUUUUCAUAUACUGAAAUAGACUCUCGGGGUUUACAAUAAACACUGUGAUGUUGGGAAAAUAUUUUAUUUCAGCAAUGUUUGGUAGUUCCUCCCCCCCUUCUAAAUGUAAGAAAUUAAACCAACUUUUGGCUAACAUUUAAGAUAAAUUAUUAUUAUUUUAGUGUGGAAUCAGGCUUGUACUGCACAUUCUUUCUUUCAUUUAAAUGUACAGUAUGAAUUUUGUAUUUAAUGAAUUUUGUGUAUCUAGUAUGCACGUAACUGCACAUUGACUUUCAUUUGAAAGUGGGUUUAAAUUUCCUUUUUCAACAGUGUUUAUGAAAAGACCUCAGAUGUGUUGACACAAACUAUAUCCGCAAUGUGUGUGGGGGGAGGGUUGUUUUUUGUUUUUUUUGUGUAGAGUGAUGUUUGAAUGUGAUGUUCUGCAACAAUGGGUCAGUAUUCUCUAUUUACCUUAACCCCUCAUUUGAUAGUGCUUCAUGUAAUAAUUUCCUCAAGUGAGUGGCAUGUUCUGGAUUGUGAUAUUGAUAUGUGGUUAAGGACAUUGAUAUGAAACUAAGGAAUCCUUAGAAAUUACCAGUGGGCAUGUAUUAGACAGUCAUUGUAAUUUAAUGUCUAGUAAAAGUGUGAAGUAUCAAGGUAUUUAGAGAACAUAACAUUAUUAUCAUGUGUAU